GCCCCGCCCCCGCCGCCGGCGCGCCGCUCGGGAGGCCUGCUCGCCCGCGGUGUAGAGGUCCGGCGGCCGCGUCCUGUCCGGAGGUCGUCGGUUCGAGUCCUCGUCCGCGUCGCGGCCCCGGUGCCCGAUCUGGUCCCGCGGGCUCGGCCGUUGCGGGCCGCGCGACCCGGCGUUCGUGGCGAAUCUGCCGCCGCGAAUCGACUGGCCCGGCGCCGGCGGCAUCGCGAGAGUGCGGCGCGCACGGACGCGGGCGGCGGGCCUGGCGGGCUGAGGGCCGCGGGCUGAGGGCCGGGCGGCGCGGGCGGCGCGGGCGGCGCGGGCGGCGCGGGCGACCCGGGGCGGGCCCCGCGGCCGCACCAUGACGGGCCGCGUGUGCCGCGGCUGCGGCGGCACGGACAUCGAGCUGGACGCGGCGCGCGGCGACGCGGUGUGCACGGGGUGCGGCUCGGUGCUCGAGGACAACAUCAUCGUGUCCGAGGUGCAGUUCGUGGAGAACAGCGGCGGCGGCUCGUCGGCCGUGGGCCAGUUCGUGUCGCUCGACGGUGCUGGCAAGACCCCAACCCUGGGCGGUGGCUUCCAUGUGAACCUGGGAAAGGAGUCCAGAGCGCAGACCCUACAGAAUGGGAGGCGCCACAUCCACCACCUGGGGAGCCAGCUGCAGCUGAACCAGCACUGCCUGGACACAGCCUUCAACUUCUUCAAGAUGGCCGUGAGCAAGCACUUGACCCGAGGCCGGAAGAUGGCCCACGUGAUCGCGGCCUGCCUCUACUUGGUUUGCCGGACAGAGGGCACACCACACAUGCUCCUGGACCUCAGCGACCUGCUCCAGGUGAACGUGUACGUGCUGGGGAAGACGUUUCUGCUCUUGGCAAGGGAGCUCUGCAUCAACGCGCCAGCCAUAGACCCCUGCCUGUACAUCCCACGCUUUGCUCACCUGCUGGAGUUCGGGGAGAAGAACCAUGAGGUGUCCAUGACAGCCUUGAGGCUCUUGCAGAGGAUGAAGAGGGACUGGAUGCACACAGGCCGGCGCCCCUCCGGCCUCUGUGGAGCAGCACUCCUGGUUGCAGCCAGAAUGCAUGAUUUCAGGAGAACCGUCAAAGAAGUCAUCAGUGUGGUCAAAGUGUGUGAAUCCACGCUACGGAAGAGGCUCACGGAAUUUGAAGACACCCCUACCAGUCAGCUGACCAUCGACGAGUUUAUGAAGAUCGACUUGGAGGAAGAAUGUGACCCCCCCUCUUAUACAGCGGGACAGAGGAAGCUGCGCAUGAAGCAGCUUGAACAGGUCCUAUCAAAAAAACUGGAGGAAGUUGAAGGUGAAAUAUCCAGUUACCAGGAUGCCAUUGAGAUUGAACUAGAAAAUAGCCGGCCAAAGGCAAAGGGGGCACUCGCCAACCUGUCAAAAGAUGGCUCUGUUGAGGACACCGCAUCCAGCCUGCUUGGUGAGGAGGACGUCGAGGAUGAGGAGCUGGAGGCCGCGGCCAGCCACAUGAACCAGGACUUCUACAGGGAGCUCCUGGGUGGUGGCAGCGGCAGUGCAGAGGCCGCAGAGAACCCUGAGGGGGGCGGCAGGGCCCUGGCCUUGGAGUCACUCCUUGGCCCCCUGCCCACAGCGGCCAGCCUGGGCAUCUCAGAUUCCAUCCGCGAGUGUAUCUCUGCCCCGGGCCGGGACCCCGAAGAUACCUCGGGGGACGGUGAGCUGGACCUCAGCGGCAUUGAUGACCUGGAGAUCGACAGAUACAUCCUGAACGAGUCAGAGGCCCGAGUGAAGGCUGAGCUGUGGAUGCGGGAGAAUGCCGAGUACCUGCAAGAGCAGCGGGAGAAAGAAGCGAGGAUAGCCAAGGAGAAGGAGCUCGGCAUCUACAAGGAGCACAAGCCCAAGAAGUCUUGCAAACGGCGGGAGCCGAUCCAGGCCAGCACAGCGGGGGAGGCCAUUGAGAAGAUGCUGGAGCAGAAGAAGAUCUCCAGCAAGAUCAACUACAGCGUGCUUCGGGACCUCAACAGCAAGGGCGGGGGCAGCCCGCAGAGGGAAGGGACCCGGCCCGCAGAGAGGGCCAGCUCCAGGAGGCUGUCGAGGAGGAGAACCCCAGCCAGCAGGAACGGGGCCGACCCUGGGGCCUGUGUGGGCAAGAGGUUGAGGCCUCUGGUGUCUACACAGACGGCUAAGAAGGCAGCCAUGGGAGAGGCUGUGCUCCCAAGUCCUCCUGCCCUGGGAGCAGAGCUGGUCAGGCCAGCAGCGGUCCUGGUGGAGAGCGGCCCUGUGUCAUACCACCCCGAGGAGGACGCAGACGAGGAGGAGGCCGACGAGGAGGACGGGGAGCCCUGCGUCAGUGCCCUGCAGAUGCUGGGUGGCAACGAUUAUGGCUGUGACGGUGAUGAUGACGAAGGCUACUGAGUGUGACCUCAAGGCCAGGCAACACCCAGGUUCUGGACCCUGAUGUGUCUUGUGGGAUUGGAUGCCCUCUGGGGCCACCGCCUGUGGGCGUGAAUGCCGAGACCAGGGACCAGCGGAACACUGCCCUGCUUGCUGCAGAGCCCUCACCCCAUGGCCACACGGAGCUUCCAUGGGACUUUCUGUUGGGAUCAUGUUUUGAGCAAAGUAAGGAAUACUUGUACCCAGCAAGGGGAACCAGA